CUCCCCACUACAUGAAACCCUGAGACUUGUGAGUGAAUCAACCUGGAAGCCAUUUACACAGCACUCUGAUGAGAACAAGUAUGAACAUGGAAGUAAAGCCAGCGUGAGGGGACGUGUUUUGAAGGGCUAGAAAAAAGAAGAAGAAAAAUUAACACACAGGAAGUAGGAAGUGUGAUCUGCGAUAUCUCCAGUUUUAGUGUACGAGUGUGUAUCAAUGUGUGUGUGUGUGUGUUUAUGGGUGUGUUUGUGUGUGUGCUCCAGUGGGGUGUAUCUGUGAAAUGACCCGCUGACCUGUCCUGUGAGUUAAGGACAAUGUCUCUGAAACUACCUCGCAACUGGGACUUCAGCACCUUCAAGGCUGAGACAUCUAGGAUAGCACGAUCCAAGAGUGUGAUACCUGGAGAGGGAAGCCCCGGCUCGGGCUCACCGCGUUCCUCCAGGUCCAUGGAGAGGCCGCUGAAGGCCGGCUGGCUCAAGAAACAACAGAGGUCUUUGGUCAAGAACUGGCAACAGCGUUACUUUGUGUUGAGAGGAAGCACACUGACCUACCACAAAGAUGACAAGGAGACCACUGUCCAGGGGGUCAUCCAGCUACGGUUCAGCAAAGUUAACGAACUCCCUCCAAACUCAGAUGACCCCGGAAAGUACCUCUUUGAGAUCAUUCCACGUGCAACUGGGGAUAGAGAGCGAUGUCCCUAUGUGUUCAUGGCAAACUCCCAGAGUGACAUGGAGGAGUGGGUCCGCACUCUACGCAGAGUCAUAGGAGUACCGACAAGUGGAGUGUUUGGAAAGAGUCUCAUGGACACGGUAACGUAUGAGCAGCGCUUCGGGCCUCACUUGGUACCAAUCUUGGUGCAGAAGUGUGUGGAGUUCAUUAAAGAACACGGGCUGGAUGAGGAGGGCAUCUUCCGCCUGCCGGGGCAGGACAACGCUGUCAAACAGUUCAGAGAUGCCUUUGAUGCAGGAGAGAGGCCGUCCUUCCCCAGUGACACAGAUGUCCACACAGUGGCGUCACUGCUCAAGCUGUACCUCAGAGAGCUGCCAGAGCCUGUGGUGCCCUGGACUCAGUACCAGGACUUCCUGGACUGCACCAACCUGCUGGAUUGCAGCAGCACAGAGGGUUGGGAAAAGUUGGAGAAACAAAUCGCUCUUCUCCCCAGAGUCAACUACAACCUUCUCAGUUAUGUGUGCCGGUUUUUGUUUGAGGUGCAGCAGCACUCCAAGGUGAAUAAGAUGAAUGUGGAGAACUUGGCUACAGUGAUGGGGAUCAACCUCCUCAAACCUCAGAUAGAGGACCCCAUCACUGUGAUGAAGGCGACUCCUCAGAUCCAGAAGCUGAUGACAGUGAUGAUCAGACAGCAUGAGACUCUGUUUCCUCUCUCCAAGGACGUGCUUCCCUCCCCUCCCUCCAACAAAGCUGAGAGCCUGAAGAACACUCCCCGAAGCUUUGUGGGCUGGGAGUCUGCAGAGAUGGGUGAUGCAUCUCUGUCUGAGUCCCCAGAGGAGGAAGAGGACAAUGACAGUCCAGGUCCAGACAGAGGAGACUGCAGCCCCGAAACCCUUCUUCCAGAGCCGCUCUCACCUUCCACAGACGACUGGCUUGGAAGUCCCCGAAAACGCACUCAGACCCUGCCCACCUUUAAUUGCCCCCUCACCGGGAUGGCAGCUAAGGCUGAGGCUCUCAACCGGUGGAGUCGCAUCCAGGAGAGCAUGGAAGAGAAGAGUGGGACAUUGUCAGAGGACAUUUUUAAGAUUCUGGACCUCAGGAGUUCAGGAUCAUUGUUCGGGGGGUCAAAGAUUAGUACCAAGGAGGAAGAGGAUAAGCUCAUGUCCAGAAGAGUAAGUGACAACACAGGUUCUUCAACAGCUGGCUCCCAAAAACCUAACAGUGAGUCCCAGCCUGCCCGGAUGCUGUCCCAUCAAAAGAGUGUAGAGACCCUGACACUGGGUAGUUCAGCGGGUCAGCAGGUCAACAGCAAGUCUGAGCCGAAGAAAGACAACCAGCAGCUUGUAGACAGUCUGCAGCAGGAGAAUAAGGAGCUGAAGGCCACAGUGGCAGAGCUCCAGUCUGCUCUGGAGGCAGAGCGUCGCCGUAUGGCCGCUCUGGAGAUCUGCCUGAAAAAUGCCGAGCGCAGUCGUGACGAAGCCCAGAGACGAAACGAGGAGCUGCAAAGAGACAUUCAGCAGUUUCUCACCGGAAAGCCACAAGCUCCCACCUAACAGUCGUUUUCAGACUCACUAGUAUAUGGAUUUAUGAUCCUCUUAGCCUUAACAGAACUAAUUUCACAGGGGCUGAUUAUGGAAAAUACUGUCAUCCUCCAGGGGGAAGGCACUGGAUUGCUUCCAUUUGAGCUCUGACGAUACAUAUUGGCUCACUUGUGUGUAUCUGUGAGAAAAGUUUGUUAAGAAACUGCACCUCAAGUUUGUUCUCCCUGCUGGAGAGGCAACUUGAAAAUCGAAAAAUGAUUUUCCACGGAAAUGCAAAGCAGGAUAACAUCAGCA